UUUCAAACUCCUGUACGUUUUCAGUUUUCCCUCACACGAUCUCUCUCUCUCUCUCUCUCUCUCUCUCUGUAUCUCCCGAGCAAAUUAAGAAAGCAAAGUCGCAGAAGCCAAACACCCUCGCGACUUCAAUUAUCUUUUGAACUUAAAUAGAGAAGGAAAACUUGAUUAAUGGAGAUAAAACUGCAUGGAUAUUCCUUCUCCACUCAUUUUUCUCUGUGUGUUCUUUUGAUCUUCGUGCUUCUCAUAGUCUCUGAUUGUCCUUUUAGCUCAUUUCUUAUGAGCUCCUCGGUUUCGAAACUUAAAUCGUCAAUCACAAUUCCAAUCGUCCAGCUCCAAACGACGGUCACCGGCUCCGACCAAAUACAUUAUGUUCACUCUACUCCGUUCACCUAUAAUUCUCCGAACCGAUUCAGAAACAAAACUACCAUUAGGAAAUUCUCAACAAUAAUUAGCAGAGAAGAAGAAGAACUGGAACGAGGACUCGCUCGAGCUCGAGCUUCCAUACGCAAAGCAGCUUCAUCAGUUGGAAAACUCUCACCGAUCACCACCGACGUCAACCGAAGCGACGUCGGUAUUGAAAUGAUGAUUUAUCGUAACCGCGCUGCAUUUUACCAGAGUUAUCUGGAAAUGGAGAGGAGAUUCAAGGUCUACGUGUACUCAGAAGGGGACCCACCAAUUGUCCACGAUGGGCCAUGCAAGGACAUAUAUACGAUAGAAGGGAGAUUUAUACAGGAGAUAGAACAUGGGGCCAGGAGGUAUAGAACGAGGGAUUAUCGACGUGCCCACGUAUAUUUCAUGCCCUUCAGCGUUACCUGGAUGGUUAAGUAUCUCUACAAGCCUUUUACCUACGAUCUUACACCACUGAAGGAGUUCGUAGCUGAUUAUGUAAGAGUGAUAUCUACCAAAUACCCCUUCUGGAAUCGAACUUAUGGGGCUGACCACUUCAUGCUUGCUUGCCAUGAUUGGGGUCCACAUGCAUCCCGAGGCAGCCCUGGCCUUUAUAGCACAUCAAUCCGAGUCCUAUGCAAUGCCAACACUUCUGAAGGUUUCGAUCCCAGAAAGGAUGUAAGCCUACCUGAAAUCCAUCUCUAUGGUGGCAAUGUUCCAUCCAAACUCCUAUCCCUCCCACCUUCUAAUGCCUCGCGUCCUUACCUUGCAUUCUUUGCCGGUGGAUUGCACGGCCCAAUCCGUCCCCUCCUCCUUUAUCACUGGAAAGACCGUGACUCCGAUCUUCGUGUCUUUGAGUAUCUCCCUGAAGACAUGGACUAUUAUUCAUUCAUGCUGGAGUCCAAGUAUUGUCUAUGUCCAAGUGGAUAUGAAGUGGCUAGCCCUAGAAUUGUUGAGGCAAUUUAUGCAGAAUGCGUGCCUGUGAUUUUAUCAGAUUCGUAUGUGCUGCCAUUUAGUGAUGUUUUAAGGUGGGAGGCCUUUUCAAUACAGGUGAGUGUAUCGGAGAUUCCGAGACUGAAAGAGGUGCUGAGAUCAGUUCCAGAAGAAAAUUACAAGAGGUUUAGGGAGGGUUUAAGAGCUGUUAGGAGGCAUUUUGUGUUGAACCAGCCAGCUAAGAGAUUUGAUGUGUUUCAUAUGAUAUUGCACUCUAUUUGGCUUAGGAGAUUAAAUUUGAGACUUGACAGAUGAAAAAAAUAUAUAUAUAUAUAAAAUUGGAACUAUCACGGGCAUGGAAUCAUAAUGCAAACGUAAAAUUUAAGUCCCA